GGUCCGAUUUCGUUUGUUGAAAUUCAAAACAAGGCUUUUCUGGUUUUCGUGUGUUCUCUCUCGAACGAUCAAUUUAGAAGAUCGUCGAUGAAGCAAAAGACGGAGGAGGACGAAGAGGAUCUCGAAACGCCCCAAAUCGUGAAGGAAUUGAAGCCUAACAUGUUCGUCUAUCGAGAGGAUCUGCUUGAGAUUUUGUUCAUUUCUUACCUGAUUGUUCAGAAUAAGUUGAUAGGAUCAUGGGAAUGGCUUUCAAAGCAUUAUAAAAUCUCUCAAGGAAGCCGAAGCUCUGGUUGGACUUUACCGAGACGUCGAGACGAGGAAGCUAAAGGACCGCUUGAAGCCUACACGACUCGUAUCUGCCUACCUAAUCUUUGCAAACAAGAGGAGCAUUUUGGAGAGGUUGCGAAGAUGAACGAAGAAGAGUGGAAGAACUUGCGUGCGGAAGAAAAGGCUCCUUUAGAAAGAGGAGAUAUAUAUGCGGAAGGAUAUAAAAGGCUGAAGGCAGAAGAAGAGGAUAAAGAAGCUCUCCAAGUUCUCAAGAAAGAGAACAUUGUUGCUUGCUCUGCUGAUAAUUCUCAGGAAAUAUACUACGAUCAACGAGAAGAUGGUGACAAGAACAUUGUUACUUGCUCUACUGUCUUCCCUUAUGUGGAUAAUAUGCUGGGAUUUGUUUUGCUGCCAAUACAACCAGAGGAGCAUUUUGGAGGUUGCGAAGAUGAACGAAGAAGAGUGGAAGAACUUGUCUGCGGAACAAAAGGCUCCCUAAGAAAAGGUCUUGUCUCAUAUCAAUUGUGUGAAGCAUGAAAAGUUCAAUAACAAAAUUUCUAAUUUGUU